AUGGCGCAGCGGCAGCAGCAGGAAACGAAGGCGAUCCCCGUGCGGUCCCUGGACGGCCGCACCACGACCGUGCGGCUGGCUGCCGCCUGCUCCGUCGACGACCUCAAGGCCGCCCUCCGCGCCUCCAACUUCCCUCCCCCGGCCGGCGCCCCCACGUUCCACCUCUUCCUCAAGGGCGCCAAGCUCCUCCCCCAGGCCAAGGUCGGCAACCUCCCCAUCUACGCCGGCGACUUCGUCUCCCUCAUCCCCUUCACCGCCAAGCCCACCACGCCCGCUCCGUUCGGCCGCCACGCUUUCUCUUCCUCGCCGUGGGCGGCGGCCGGCACAAGGAGGAAGCUUCCGGGUUCAUGGAGUGGCGGCGGCGACGACGACGUGUACGCGCCGAAUAAGGUGGCGAGACCGUCCUCUUCCUCGUGCAGCAACCAUUGCGGCGGCACGGAGCCGCUGGACCCGGCGCAGAUGGUGGAGCACCUCCGGCGAGGGCUCGGGAAGCACGGCCAGAUCGCGCACGUCGAGCGGAUGCCCGGCAGCGAGGCCACGUUCGCCGACGACGACCUACUUCACCGCUUUACAGACGCAAUGAGGAGCUGCCUCCGGAGCACCGGCGUGACGAGGCUGUACGCGCACCAGGCGCAGGCCGUGCGCGCCGCCGUCGCCGGCAAGCACGUCGUGGUGUCCACCUCCACGUCCAGCGGCAAGUCGCUCUGCUACAACGUCCCCGUGCUGGAGUCCGUAGUCUCCUCCCCGGCGGCGUGCGCGCUCUACGUGUUCCCGACCAAGGCCCUGGCGCAGGACCAGCUCAAGGCGCUGCUGCAGAUGAAGGCCGCGCUCCUCCUCGCCGGCGCUGGUGACUUUGGCGUUGAGAUAUACGACGGCGACACGCCGGUGCAGGACCGCGCGAGGAUCAGGCAGCAAGCGAGGGUGCUCAUCACCAACCCGGACAUGCUGCACGCCUCCAUCCUCCCCUGCCACGGCCAGUUCCGGCGCAUACUCUCCGGCCUCGCCCACGUCGUCGUCGACGAGGCGCACACGUACCGCGGCGCGUUCGGCUGCCAAGCCGCGCUCGUGCUGCGACGCCUCCGUCGUCUCUGCGCCGACGUCUACGGCCGCCGCCUCAUCUUCGUGUUCUGCACCGCCACGCUGGCCAACCCGCGCGAGCACGUCAUGGAGCUCGCCGGGGUGGACGAGAUGGAGCUGGUGGACCAGGACGGCAGCCCGCGCGGCGUCAAGCACUUCGUCCUCUGGAACUCCUCGUCGGCCUCAAAGUCGCCGGUGACGGAGGUGUCCCGGCUGGUGGCCGAGAUGGUGCAGCACGGGCUGCGGUGCAUCGCCUUCUGCAAGACGAGGAAGCUGUGCGAGCAGGUGCUGGCGGCGGCGCGCGAGGUGCUCGAAGAGGCCGUGCCGGCGGCGCCGGAGCUGGCGAGCUCCGUGUGCGUGUACCGGGGCGGGUAUGUGGCAAGCGACCGGCGGAAGAUCGAGGCGGACCUGUUCAGCGGGCGGCUCCGCGGCGUGGCGGCCACGAACGCGCUGGAGCUGGGCAUCGACGUCGGCCACGUCGACGCCACGCUCCACCUCGGCUUCCCCGGCAGCAUUGCCAGCCUUUGGCAGCAAGCCGGCAGGUCGGGCCGGCGAUCCAAGGACUCCAUCGCCGUCUACGUCGCCUUCGACGGCGCCGUGGACCAGUACUUCAUGAACUACCCCGACAAGCUCUUCGGCAAGCCGAUCGAGCGCUGUCACGUCGACGCGCAGAACCAGAAGGUCCUCCGGCAGCACCUCGCCUGCGCCGCCGUCGAGAACCAGCUCCGAUCCGACCGCGACGAGCCCUACUUUGGCUCCACCAUGAACGACGCCAUCACGUUCUUGAAAGAUAAAGGAAUCCUCACCAUCAAUCCAACCGGCGGUAACACGUGGAAGUACGCCGGCCCGGUCAGGCGGCCGUCGCAGUCGGUGAGCAUCCGCGCGAUCGAGCACGGAAAAUUCACGGUGACGGAGACGGCGAGCAAGCGAGUGCUGGAGGAGAUCGAGCAGAGCAAGGCCUUCUUCCAGGUGCACGAGGGCGCGGUGUACAUGCACCAGGGCGUGAGCUACCUGGUCGACCGGCUCGACCUCUCGUCCAGGACGGCCUACUGCGGCAUCAGCAUGUCGGAGCUUUGCUACCACACCAAGACCGAAGACUACACCGACAUCGACGUUGCCGCCCCCGCCGACCCUAGCGGCGUCCGCGCCGACGAGUGCACGGUGACCACGCGGUGGGUCGGCUACCGCCGGAUAUUCAAAACGACCGACCAGGUGUCCGACGUCAUCCCUCUCCACCUCCCCUCCUACUCCUUCGACACCCAGGCCGUCUGGGCGACGAUCCCCCAGACGGUCUGGGCGUCGAUCGAGCAGAGCAAGCUGUGGUUCCGGGGCGGGCUACACGGUGCCGCGCACGCCAUCCUCAGCAUACUGCCGCUGCACAUGAUGUGCGGCUCCGGCGAUCUCGGCACGGAGUGCGUGGAUCCCCAGGAGACGCGCAAGCGCGAUGACGACCGCGUGGUCGUCCCCGACAGGAUCUUGCUGUAUGACAAGCACCCCGGCGGCAUCGGGCUGGCGUCGCAGGCGAGGACGCUCUUCGGGGACCUCCUCGUGGCGGCGCUAGAGCUCGUGUCGGCGUGCGGCUGCCACAACUCCGACGGGUGCCCGAACUGCGUCCAGUCGUUCGCGUGCCGUGACACUAACAAGAAUCUGGACAAGGAGGCUGCCGUGGCGCUGCUCAAGGGUCUCAUUCAGUGGCAUUCUGAACUGAAGCCUAGUUAA